UGUUACUUCUUUUUUGGCCGAACAUGAAAGCGUCCUGAUUACUAUAACCCCUUUAAAUUCCUGUAAUAAAUUUUUGUGUACAGAAUGAAAUGAUUGUAGAAAAUUAAGAAAAAAAAAUUAAGUAAUACACAUAGUUUAGCAAAAUGAAUUCCACGAGUUCAAGAACGUCAGGACUUUCUGUUCAUUCUCCCAACAAGGCAGGAUCGGAGCAGGUUAUCAAGCAGCAAAAUGAUGUUGUCGAAAAAGAAACUGAAGAAAAUGCCAAGACUGAAAUCAAAAUUGUUGAUGACACCUUGGAUAUUCAGCCACUUUUAUACUCAUUCAAAAUUCCUCAAUAUCCAUCACGCGGUGCAGUAAUGUCAGCCAUGCUUCCACCAUAUUGGCUUUACCAGGAUCACGUUUUCGGUGUUAUUUGGAUGCUCUUUCAUAAGGAGAAGAAAUAUAUUGGAAUACCACAACUCCACUGGUGUCUAAGGUUUCUGUUGGAUUUAAAAAAUGCAGAAGGUACAUACGCAGGAGAUGUAAAUAUUUGCAUACAAGCAAUUCAAGACAAUCUUAUUGAACAAUACGCAAAUCUUGGAACGAAGCAGGAACCAGAACGGGAGGUUAAUCCAAAGAUUCAAACACAGUCUGACAUACCACAAGAAGACACUGAUAUGGUAUCAAAAAAAGAUUAUAAUGAGGUACCUGAAGACGAUGGGCAUAAUAUAGUCGAGGCCAAUAUUUUAGAACAUGAUAUUGAGGAAAAGAAGACAAGUCAGGACAAAACUAAUGCGUUUUCCACUAGUACGAAGAAGAAAACAGGUAAAUCCUGUUCAAAAACGUGUGCUAUGGAUGACCGAAACGCUUUAAAAUACACAAAUACUCAGAAAAUAUUGAGUUUAACUUAUAACGAAAUGGUAUCAAGAGGUCCAAGUCCCUGCACAGAGCCUUUUCCUUUGGAGCAGCUAUUCAAAAUGGAUGCGAUAGAUAAACCUUCAAAUCCUGAGAUCGCUGCUAAACUCACUGAAGAUUUAGAACCGCCGAGUAUUCCUUUUGCGGAAAUGGAUUCAGAUGACUUGGCCAAUUUUUUAAACUCCUCAAGGCAACAACAUGUGGAGAGAAUAAAAAAAGAAAUCGAAAGGCUCUACAAUCUAGAAAAGUUUAUGGAAAAUAUAAGCAAGAGAUCAUUUUCAGCGUAUGUAACAGACGAUUUGGCAAGACGUUUGGAUAAAUUAGAUGGCCAUGAUGUUGUUAAUGGUGUGGAAAGUAUGAUAAAAUAAUGGUCCAGUUAAAAAGUACAAUCAACAAUUCUAAAUGCAUAAACGUCAGGAAUAAUUGUACAAAUAUUAUAGAAAAAUCUUGAUCGUAAUUCAUAACUCGUUAUGAAUAAAUAUUAUUAAUCCUGUAAGCACAGUCAA